CCCGGUACGCGCCCGGUCCUCUGGCACCGCACGCACAUCCGUCACAUCCUCGCCCUCCGAUUAUCAUUUGUAUCCCAUAUGCCAGCCAUCCCGCCUGGAAUAAUGACAACAAUAGUACGAAUCGAGUUGCAACUCGCGCCGAAAUGUCAGCAAGUUCAUGAACUUCGAAAACGUGCGAUGAUCACACGAAAUAAGCUCAAUUCAAGUUGUUGAAUUCAUGCAAUUCGUGUGUUGUUGUGACGCGUGACGAAGCUAAGGUUGUGUCUAUACAACAUCGCAAACCAAGCAGGUCCAGCCACAGGGCGGCGCGCCCAUAUAGUCGCAGUGGUACGUACUACGAAGGCACGAAGCUGUAGGAAGGAGAAGUUGUCUAUAUUAGGGGAGCUCACACCUAGGAGCUUACGGUUUAUGCUUAUCCAUGCUUAUGCUUACAACCCUCCCGGUUGCGCAGAUGCAGAAAACACUCGUUCGUUCACAUCCAAUCUCAACUGCAAUUCUACAAUGUCACGCGCCUUCGUCAGAAACUUGUAUUUCCAGACGAAAGAUCUCGGCAAGGAAGCGACGCUCCUGUUGACUUUCGAUAGCGACGUGAAAGGCAUCUACCAGAUAUGUUUUCCCGCCAUAUGUUGGCUCACCACCUUCGGACGGACAGGCUCGUACAGGAUGCAUGCAACCUACACGAGCCAACUUGCUUUUUCCAGACCACAAGUUACAGAUGGGAAUAUCAUUGAGGCUGAAACCUGCAUGGAGAUCAACGAUAGCGAAAAGACCACACUGACCCAGAAGAAUUGUGUCUUCCAGUUCUCUAAUCCUGUGAAGGGAGUCCCUGGUUACCUGGAAGUCCGCAAUGAUACUGGGUCCAUUCAAGAUAUUGCCCUCGGUUUCAUGAGCCCGAGAGACUUGAUGCCUAGGCCCAUCUUAUACUUCAAGGAAGUUGAACACACCAGUAACAUCACGAUUGAGUUCACUCCAAUCCUGCGCGCCUAUAUCACUUCGGAUUAUAAACACACCGCGAUCUUGCAGGGAGCCAUCGACACCCCUGCGAUCUGGGAGCAAAAUCUCGCUGCACUUUCUGAGUCCACAACAUGGGACCUCAAACGGGACCCAUCCACCGGACAUUACAAGAUUACUCAGGCUGAUCAAGGCAUGUCAAAUUCGAGCACUCAAUUAACUGUUGUUGGGGCAUGAUUCAAAUUCUCUUGCUAGCCAGUUGCUCGCAUUUAAUCAUGUCGUUCAUUUCUCGCGUAUUACACUACUGAACGCCGGCUCUCGAGAGGCUGUUGCACAGGUAUGCGUUUAAUAUAUUUACAUACAGCAUUCCGUCAUGUUUGGAUUCGCCUGGCGUAAAAUUCAUCCGCAUAGUAUAAGCCUGUCUAGACCUUGCCGUCCACCCGAGCGCCCUCCACCAUCCCUGCUACGAUCCAUGAUGAAUGGUCGGUUGCUGUUCACUUUGCGAGCGCUAACUACAUAACUAUUUCAGCUCCCCUGCUCGUGCAUCAGGCCGCGCAGCAGC